CUUUUCCUUUACUGAAAACGUGAUUGCGCAGUGAGGAGUACCGUGGCAAACUAUACCAGCUGCCCGACUACCAAUGCAGCAAAUCUGUGUCAGUCAGGCCGGGCUGCAAAGCAGGCGCUAAACAUUCAGUGUUCGUCGGUGUUCCAACCGGGCCUGGUGGGUAGGUAGUCGCGUUGCGUCGCGGCGCGCGCGGUUCGCAGUGUCGCAGUACCGCGCGCAUCCCUGCACUCUUACCCUACUUUUGUUAACCGUUCAUUUACUCGUCGUACGGGCCUAUGUUUGGCCUAAUACCGAUUAGUUGUCGCUAACAUCGGGGACCAAAUUCGGUAAAAAGAAACACGCGCGUAUCCAUCCGUUGCGUCCUGCAUCGCAUCUCGCAAAUCCUGCCAUCCGUGCGCGUUUAGGCUUCGUUUUUCGUACAAUCGUCCACCUAACGGGGUAAACUAAACAGUAGUAACGAUGACAACGAUUUACAACCAUCGAAGAAAUCGUGGCAAACCAUCUGUUGUUUAUAAGUAAUCGUUCGAAUGCUGACAACACGCGAACCGAUCAUUUGAUCACCGUAUAAAAAACAAUAUAAUGAGUUCCACGAACAAGAAACAAGGGGAAUGAAAAAAGAAGAGAAACGGAAAGGUGAACUCUUGUAGAGGUGUUAGAAUCGAAGAAGCUUGGUACCCGUCACAGAAUUGUUGAGAAGGAAGUCAAAACUCGCGAAACUGUAAUGGUAACGACAAAUGAUUGAUUCAGCCUUUCGCUGUGGACGACGUGUAAUAACAUGAAAGUCAACGGUCCAUUUUUUACGUACACGUCGUCGAGCAGUGAACUUCAAGUCCAACGCUAUUAAACUACUAGCAGUUGAGACUUAAACAGCGUAGUGUUCUCAUAACUUCAUCUAAACAAUCCUGCUUCAGGUAUUGGGACUCACAGACUCAUAAGUGAAUAUUUUCUCGGGGGCGGGAGAAUCUUUUGGUUGAAGAGUACUUAUGCGGUUCGAUGUGACGGACUCUUUGAAGCGUCGCAAACGAAAGCAUAAGAAACUAUUUGAUACACGGAGGAGAGGACGCGGUGGCAAACGAUUCGAAACGGCGCGAAAGAUAAAAAAAACUCGCCCGAAAUGUUCAACCUCUAUCAGAACUUGAACAAGAGGGACGACGAUCACAAGGAACCGGUCGUCACAGGCCACGACAGAUUCUGGCAGGAGCGUCCGAAAACACGGCGGAAACGUCGUGCCGUUAAUAGAAGGACUCAGAGUGCCAUCGAGCUAGACUCCGAAGCUAUCGUAUCCGCACGGGGAACUCUCCGCCGUGGAAGAAGCGCUAGCAUAGAAGACGAUGACAGCGACGAGGAGAAGGGCUACCAAUUGACCAAUAAAAUCGACAAUCUAGCCAAGAUAUUAUUUAGUCGCGUGUCCGCUGCACGAGGUUGCAAGGAGUCUGAUGUCAGAAAUGGAAGACACAGCUACACGGCACUGGGUCACGGACCGUCCGUUUGCGAGGAUGUUGGCGAGUACAUGGAAAUGGAGAGAAGGUCCCGGGAUCGUGCCUUAUCAAUCUGUCAGGUUUAUAUCCGAGGGACGCCUCGCUACAGUCUCAUCAAGCAGCUGAAUAAUCUCGGAUCGAGAAUGGACAAACAUUGGUUUGCUGUGAGGGACACGUCUCUAAAAACCGAUCGGCUGCUCACGUUGGCUCCGUUGAGUCGGAACUGCUCGUUGAGCAUUUCUCCUCUGACCAAGAAUAUCUUGAACGACUUGUUCUUAGCCUUGCAACAUCCGUACAUUUGUCCCGUGUUCGAUAUCGAUUUCCUCGAAUACGAGAAUCAGAAGUACGUGAUCUUGGUCCAGCCCAUCAGUCAAGGUAGUCUGAAAGAUCUGAUAUACGGGAUCGAAAGAACCGGUUGGAAUGAGGAUUGGGGCCAAAAAUACGCUUCCCGCGGAAAGGGGCUACCCUUGCCCCAAGUGCAACAAAUGGGACGUCAAGUGUUGGAAGCGUUGAUUUUUUUAAAAGAAAGAGGAUUUCCAACCGUGACCCAUUUACACUCGGGAAACGUGCUCGUCCAAAACGGUGUCGCGCGGCUCGCCGGCCUCGAGAACACGCUUCUCGGCUUCACCAGUCGAAUACAUCCAGUAAUUGCUUCUCGAAUGUCGCAAACGACCACCUCCGUUGAUACGAUAUGCUUCGGUCAUAUGCUAUUUGAAAUGUGCGCUGGCUACGAAUUACGAUCGUUUAAACCGAAUUCCGUGCAUUUCUCGGAUCUUGAAAUGUAUCCACAAGUUGUCGAGUUACUGAAAUUCAUAUUCGUCGAACCAACUAGUCGUCACAAAAACAUUGAAGAGCUUCUCGUUCAUGAUCUGUUCAGAAAUAUCGAUCUUCGUGAAAUGCGAAGCGCCACCGUCACGAUAUUCCGACCAACCUUGACGCCGCCAAUCGUCAACUUACUCGACGGGAUUAAACGGCAAAACGUGAAUAAGAGAAUCUCAAGUUUGGAUGAUACAAUCGACAUAGAUGCAAUGUCUCUCCACAGGCCGGACACGGUUUGCGAGAAUUCGUUACUCGACGAAAUAUACAACGAGCUUUCGAACACUGCUGUAUAAUUGUGGGAACAAUGUUUAUUCGGUACCCAAUCCAAUUCUUGGACGUUCAUUUGACCGAGGAUCAUGUAUUCGUACGUUUCUUUACCAAGUGCCAAAAAGAUAGUUUCAAACGUUCAAUCCUAACGGCGAUGCAACGAUAAUACAUUUAAUAGAAAAGUAAGACGAAGACGAAAAACAAGGAAAAACGAAUAAAGAAAAGUUGUACAUGUA